AGGUUAUCGCUGGUUUCAUAAUGGCGGCCAGACUCGAGUAAAGAGGGAUGCAAACGCAGUGAAGAAAUUGCCAUGAUAAGUUAGAAUCAAGGUCCACAGUGGUGAUGUGUUGGUAGCAAGAAGAUCACACAAUGAUUCCUGCGCUGAGAAAUCUGAGGUGUCUUUAUCUUCGCUGUUUCCGUGUGUUUCACCCACGGCAUUAUGCCAACGAUCAAUCGACCAAGCCAAAAGCUGUUGCAUUUGACAUGGGAGGGGUGGUGCUCCCCUCCCCAGUCCCCCUGUUUCAUCAGUUUGAGGAUAGCCAUGGUCUUCAAAGAGGUUCUAUUGCUGCAGCUAUCAAUGCUGGUGAUGAAAGAGGUGUCUGGGCACAGUUUGAAUGUGGAGCUCUCUUGCCCGAAGAAUUUUCUGAUAAGUUUAGAGAAUACCUGCAGUCAGUGACUGGCAAAAGUGUGAAUGUGAAAGAUCUAAUUGGUAGCAUUCAAACAGCCAUGGUAGAGCCCUAUCCUGAAGUAAUAACAGCAAUUCAGUGCAUAAGAGCAGAGGGCCUAAAAACUGCUUUGAUUACAAACAAUUGGUUGAUGGAUGAUAGGAAGUCAUUUUGUCCAGUAGAUGGAAGACAUUUUGAUGUGGUUUUAGAGUCAGCAUUGGAGGGUUCAAGGAAACCAGAGGAAAAAUUUUACCAUAAGCUGUUGGAAAGGUUAAAGAUGAAUCCAGAGGAGGUGGUAUUUUUAGAUGAUUUUGGCAAAAAUUUGAAACCAGCACAGAAAAUGGGAUUUCAGACAAUAAAGGUUGAUGACGUAAAAAGUGCUUUGCAUGAACUGGAGAGCAUUCUUAGUUUUCCACUCAGAGGGUUUGUUGCCGGGACCACAGCUGUGCGUAAAAUUCACCAGAUUCCUGUGGAGACCCUGGUUAGUUACCUGAAGAAUGAGCUUGGCUUACGGCAGGAAGGUCCCCCAACAAUUCGUCAGUUUAAACACGGCCAGUCUAAUCCCACUUAUUAUGUAGAAUAUGGAGGACAAAAGCUGGUGAUCAGGAAAAAGCCUCCUGGAAAGCUUCUUCCUUCUGCCCAUGCAGUGGAAAGAGAAUAUCAGGUGAUGAAAGCACUUGGAUCUGCUGGUGUUCCUGUACCCAAGACUCUAGCUUUGUGCGAAGACAGCAGCAUUCUUGGAACAGCAUUUUAUGUCAUGGAAUAUGCUCAAGGACGCUUAUUCAAGGAUCCAUCUUUGCCUGGCAUGUCACUGGAGGAGAGAAAAGAGAUUUACCACGCGAUGAAUGAAACUCUUUUCAAGAUUCAUAAUGUUGACAUUGAUGCUGUCGGACUUGGAGACUUCGGUAAACGAGGAAACUAUAUUCGACGUCAAACAGAGAGGUGGGCCAAACAUUACGAGGCCAGCAAAACACAUGAAAUACCCACAAUGGACAAACUUAUUUCCUGGCUGUUGGAAAAUGUUCCAGAAAACGAUACAACAACAGUGGUUCAUGGAGACUUCAGAUUAGACAAUUUGAUUUUCGACGAGAAAAAGCCAGAAGUAAUAGCAGUCCUAGACUGGGAACUGUCCACUCUUGGUGAUCCAUUGUCAGACCUGGCAUACAACUGUCUGCCACAUCACCUCCCUCCAAAUUUCCCAGCUUUGAAAGGUUUUGCCGACCGGGACCCUAGUUCUCUUGGCAUUCCAACUGACAUUGAGUACAUGCAGGAGUAUUGUCGGCGAGCAGGCAUUCCAUCUGUCGAAAAAUGGAACUUUUACAUGGCUUUUUCGUUUUUCCGUGUCGCUGCCAUUCUACAAGGAGUGUACAAAAGAGCGCUGCAAGGUCAGGCAAGCUCGGAAAAUGCCAAAGCUGUGGGUGCGUUGGCUGAGUUAAUGGCCAAGACCGGGUGGAAGUUAGCCUCUCAAGGCACUGGAUCCAAUGGUCAUACUGGUGGAGGGGGACUGGGAGGAACAAAGAGAAUGUAUUCCACUUCUGCUCAUGUGGGGUCUCCAGGCCCGUUACCAACUGACUUGAAGUCACUUCCGUCUCACGUGCAAGACAUGUGUCAACAGCUGACGGACUUCAUGGUUGACCACGUGUAUCCGAACGAGGCUGAGCUCAAUAGGCACCAGGCCUCUAAAGAUUGUUGGACGCCUCAUCCAUUGGUAGAAGAUAUUAAGGAAAAAGCUAAAUCUGCGGGCCUGUGGAAUCUUUUUAUUCCAAUUGAAGCGGAUCCUGAAGUCAAAUAUGGCGCUGGACUUACGAAUGUUGAAUACGCCUUCUUGUGCGAGAUGAUGGGAAGAUCAAUAUACGGACCUGAGAUGUUCAACUGUUCAGCUCCAGAUACUGGAAACAUGGAAGUUUUGAUCAAAUAUGGCACAGAAGAACAGCAGGAGAGCUGGCUGCGUCCACUUUUAGAGGGGAAAAUAAGAUCGUGCUUUGCUAUGACAGAGCCUAAGGUUGCCUCUUCGGACGCCACUAACAUCGAGUCUUCAAUCGUAUUAGAUGGCGAUCAUUACAUCAUCAAUGGACACAAAUGGUGGACAUCAGGUGGGCAUGCUGAAGUCACUUUCAAAGAUGUUCGAGUACCAAAAGAGAAUAUCUUAUUGGGACCUGGGAGAGGAUUUGAAAUUGCCCAG